AGAAAAACAAUAUAAAUAGAAUAUUAAAUAUUAAAAUAUGUGUGCAAAUAUGUAUGUAUAUACGCAGUCAAGAACACAUUUGCACAUGUGCACACAUUAAGACCUACAUAAAAACACUACAAUCAAUACAAAAUAACAGUCACUUCAAUAUUCUGAGAAUGUACAUUAGCGCAGAUUGUCCAUUGAAUGUGCAAAAAUAAAUAUUAGUGCAAAUUGUCCAGAAUGUGCAUUAUUGCAAUAUUGUCCAUAGCAGCGUAAAAAGUAUCUGGUGCUGGAUUUUAGUGUCUGAGGGAGUUAUAGUCCAGUGGGUCAGGGGGGAGAGGGCGGAGAGAGUGGAGAGGAUUCAGCCUGCUGACAGCCUGGUGUAAAAAACUGUCCUUUAGUCGGGUGGUGCUCGACCUCAGGCUGCGGAACCUCCUCCCUGGAGGCAGCAGGGUGAAGAGGCAGUUGGAGGGAUGGGUGGGGUCACCAGCGAUGCUGAGUGCUCUGCGGGUGAGGCAGAUGUUGUAGAGGUCCAGGAGUGAUGGGAGUGAGGCACCGAUGAUCCUCUCAUGAAGCCCAUUUUGUCAGGAUGCAAAGAGCCCCUCAGCCUGUCCCCUCACUCGGGGGUCAUCCUGGAGCGUCUCUGUGCCUUGCCCCUGCAGAAGGCCUCCUUCCUGGGCUCCAGCUCCGGGGACUCCAGCCCCGGCCUCUCUGAGGAUAUUUUCACCUCCCUUUCCUCCACUGGGUCCAUCCCCGACCUCAACGUCAGGCGCACCCCAUCUCUGAAGACGGAGCGCGAGCAGGCUGUCAGUGAUGAGGCUAGGGAUGAAGAUCCGGAGGAAGAUGUCAGCGAGUUUUCCAGUCCCGCAUCUCUACCUUCCAUUUCCCUUCUGUCGCCUAAAGCCAUGGAGACGGCAGGCCAAAUUAUCCGAUUUGCAGCAGAACAGCAAGAUAAAGCAAAGAUGGCGCUGAGGCUGCGGCAGGAGAUGCAGGAGAAGCUGGUGGCGGAGGUGGCGGAGGUGGCCAGUGAGCAGCUGAAGCGCUUCGAGGAGUUCAUGGAGCUGAAGCAGAGGCAGGAGUUCCAGAGCAUGAGGGACAUGCUGAACAGAGAAACUAAAGAGAGCAUCGGGCGUCAAGAGAAGCUGAAGGAAGAGCAGCGACACAGAUUGAAGGUAUGAUCAUCA